CAUUAACCACAUUCCACAGGGCGCAGCGCACCCCGUAUACAUCCUCGCAUUCUUUCUCCGCAAACGAGUUCCCAUGCGCAAAUGCGUAUUUAAUUGCACUCUGAAGCCUCAUGUACAGCUUAAACUUGCAUGGGAGUAGUAUAUAGAUGUAAGUGAAUUAUACAAGCCGCGAAAGAUUAUCCGAAACCCAAUUUUAGGAAAUAUAAAGAAAAAAGGAGCACAGGGAAAUUCCUCCGCCGCAGCGCGCCAUUGACUGUAAAGACCUUUCAACUUAACAAAAACUCAAGUUGACAAACGCAUCCUGUGGCUGAAACCGGGAGAAAGAGUUUAUUUUUUUGCGGGGGAGAGGGGGAAAGAGGACCAUGUCACACGUUGAGAUCUCCGAGGAGCACCACACCGGCGGUGUCACCGACGAGCGACGGCUGUGACCCGGCUGCACCGCGGUGUUUGGAUCUCCAUGUGAGACGCGAGCAGGACUACUGGCUCUCUGGUAGUCGGACCCCGGACCCUAACCCUACCACCAUGGAGCACUACGAGAACGAUCGGGGACUCCGAGCCGCUCAACUGAUGGAUAACCUCUCCUUAUACGAAGCUUAUAAUAAAGAAGGGAUGUACAACGCGAGGAGAGACUUGGUGAUCAACCCGGAUUUGGAUUUCUCGGCUCCGGCGGUCGCGGAACAUAAAAGUAAGCCGAUGAAUGGCACCUCUGUGCCGCUGCACCAGCAGCAUCACACCGUGGAGAAUUACACGUCCGCCAACAAAGUGUACUGCGCGGCUUCCGCGCGUCCCGUCAACGGGAACAACCGACCGGUGCCGGUGGAUUUCUGCGCACCUCAGAGGGAAGCGGUCUACAACGAGGAUAGCUGUUGCACCAAAUCCGAAGUGGCUCUGCCGUGUUACAGCGGCGCCUCGGAGAGGCCCAGGCGGUACUCUCUGGAGGUGCAGGGGCACAGGUACAGCACGGGGAGCAGCGCCUUUGACGGCGUGACUUUGAACAACAAACCCGCCGCCCUACCCGGCAACAGGUGCAACAGCGUCUGCAUCACCACCAGCAGCGCCGGUCACGACGGGCGAUUCAACGCCACCAGCCCGCGGUCCAGCUACGCUUCCUCCCUCUCAUCGCAGGAGCAGAGCAAGCACGCCAGCCCCAGGUCAAGCAUCAGCAGCCCCCGCACGAGUUUGGUGGUCCCCGGGCUGCAGGACAAGUACACCAGUCCCCGGUCCAGCCUGGUCCACUGCGACGGGAGCAAUGUCCUCAGUCCCCGGUCCAGCUAUGCAAGCACAGCCAGCGACACCAGCAAGCACUCCAGUCCCCGGGCCAGCCUCAACAGCUACGACUGCUGUAGUAAGCCGAGUAGUAACCGCACGAGUGGGAUAAGCAUGGGGUACGACCAGAGACACGCCAGCCCCCGCUCGAGCACGGCAAGUCAGUACUCCUUCACUACCAGCCCCAGAUCCAGCUACUCUGACUCUCGGUAUGGGCCCAUCCUCGGCAACCACGACCUCGAGGGGGUGCUUUUGCACGGGCUGUCCGUGGCCAGUCCCCGCUCGAGCAUCUGCAGCCAGGAGGGCGGCAGUGCACGGCCCGGGACGGCGGCGAACUGCGUGGUCAGCCCGCGGUCCAGCAUCUCGAGUCACAGCUCCAGAAGUUCCCGCAGCUCCAGGGGGUCUAUGAGCACCUACCCGGAGCUCCAGCUGCCCUCGCCGCGGUCCUCCAUGCUCUCCUCCAGCCUGCACGAGGACACGCUGCUGCAGGAGUUUGGAGACUCGCGGGGAGACGGGACUAAUGGGAUUCAAACUCGCAUACAUCUCCAGGCGCUCUCGGCGAUGCCCGAGUCGCAACAACAGCAGCAGCAGCAGUCGUUCCAGACGGGGGGGAGUGCAGACUUGACCGCGGGGUCUCCAUCGUCAUUUACAUUUGGGUUGUCGUCGAAAACACCUGCCUCUGGGCAAAGGUUUAAACUGCCCUACCAGGUAACCCCGUGCCGGGAGAGCGGCCCGAGCCAGGCGGAGAAGAGGCUGGAGGCGCUCACCUUGGAGCUGGAGAAGGAAUUGGAGAUGCACAUGAAAAAAGAAUACUUUGGCAUAUGUAUCAAAUGCGGAAAAGGAGUAUAUGGAGCCAGCCAGGCAUGCCAAGCGAUGGGAAACCUUUACCACACAAACUGCUUCACCUGCUGUUCCUGUGGGCGGAGGCUGAGAGGGAAGGCCUUCUACAACGUCAACGGGAAGGUCUACUGUGAGGAAGACUUCCUGUACUCUGGAUUCCAGCAAACGGCGGAGAAGUGCUUUGUGUGCGGUCACCUUAUCAUGGAGAUGAUUCUUCAGGCUCUGGGUAAGUCGUACCACCCGGGCUGUUUCCGCUGUGUGGUGUGUAAGGAGGGGCUGGACGGGGUUCCCUUCACCGUCGACGUGGAGAACAACAUCUACUGUGUCAAGGACUACCACACGGUGUUCGCCCCGAAAUGUGCCUCUUGCAAUCAGCCCAUCCUCCCUGCUCAGGGCUCUGAGGAAACCAUCAGAGUGGUGUCCAUGGACAGAGACUACCAUGUAGCGUGCUACCACUGUGAGGACUGCGGCCUGCAGCUGAACGACGAGGAGGGCCACCGCUGCUACCCCCUGGAGGGCCACCUGCUGUGCCACGCCUGCCACAUCCACAGGCUGCAGACGGGGUCGGGGGGCCCCGGCCACGGCCCCCACGGCUACCCGCUGCACGUCACCGAGCUGUGAGGGGCCGCCGCCCGGACCACCGCCCGGACGGACCACCACCCGGACGGACCACCGGGACAGACGACGUGGGCUGACCCCGACCCCCCCCCCCCCCCCCCAAGAAGGACCAAGACUAGCAGGCAUCGAGCCAAGAGACCCUCACAAACACAGUCGCAGACACACACACACACACACGAACACAUGACGAUGAAAACACGCACAUACGAACACACACAAACACGUACACACACGCACUCAAACACACACACACACACACACACACACACACACACACACACACACACACACACACACACACACACACACACACACACACACACACACACACACACACACACACACACACACACACACACACACACACACACACACACGAAUAAGGCCUUGGUAGUACUAAGACGCGCCGGGGGAAAGUCCUUAUUUCCCUUUGAUGCUUCGAUGUCCAGAGGGCUGUGCGGCGCUACUCAUCCCUGGGGGGGGGGGGGGGGGGGGGUUAGUCUAGAGAGCCCGGGACAGUGGACAGCUGGAGACCCCCCGGCCCACACAACGCUGGGAAAAAGGGUCCAACAACACCCACUCUAUCUGCGGUUCACAUAUCCCCUCCUCCCUCUCUGAUCUGAUCACCACCCCCCCCCUCCCCCCUUCCCCGGGCGCCCCCCAGAGGCCCCGGGUGACGUCACACGCCCUGGCCCCUCGCACAUUUAUCACGCGGAGGUCGUAAAAGGGAAGAAGAAGAAGAAGAAGACGACCACUUCCUUCAGUUCUCUCUCUCGCCUCUAAAGCAUUCCUUCAGUGGUCUUAAUUCCUCUGCGUUGGGACCAAAGCGGGGGGACGACGACGACGACAUGAGUGUCCCAGGUCCUUUCUAGGAGGGGGGGGUUGAUUCCAGGACAGGUGGGGCUGGACAUCCCCCCUCCCCACUAGCCUGUUCCCCACCCCGUCCACCUCUUACCCCCCCCCCCCCCCCCCCCCGUCCACCCCAAAGGGUGGGCUUGGCGUUUGCUCUGCUAUGCAAGGUCUAUGAAGGGGCAUCCAAGCAUGACACGUGACUCAGACAAACACUGGUAAAACGGACACACACACACACACACACACACACACACACACACACACACACACACACACACACACACACACACACACACACACACACACACACACACAGGUGCCAUCACUGGACCAGAGGAGCCUGUUUCGUUCCACCGGGCUGAACCAUGUGACCAUGAGAGAUUCACAAAGCGUGUCUUAAUGAAUGACUUUAUUCCGUGAGGAAGGUAAUACCUUAGAUGCACAUAGAUUGUCUUUUUUUUUAUAUAUGAAUAUAUAUUUUGCAGAUGUUUUCCACAUAAACCCCCCCUAGGAGUCGUUGUCUUGUCCCUCCUCUGGUGCUGCGAUUCUCAGCAGAGACCGAGGCGAAGCCCCGGCCACUCGCAGUGUGUAGUGUUGUGUGUACACACGAAGGAGCGUUUGUGCGUUUGUUUUGAUGGAACACACUGCUGUGUGUGUGUGUGUGUGUAAGGCAGUCGAUGUAACACAUUACAUCAGGACACAGUUUAUGUAAUCCACUGUUAUACGGUUUAUUUUAUAACAAACUGUGUAAAAUGAUAAACAUUGUUGUAGUGUAUGCAUAACACUGGUUAUAAGACACUGUCACACUGUAUACAGCACUAUAACAUACACUUUAUAUUUAAAUAUAGUGGAUGUUAUAGUGCUGUAUAGUACAUACAUACAUAUACACACAUAUAUUUUAAUUCAUGCAUGCAUGCGUACAUACAUACAUGUAUGUAUGUAUAUAUGGAUGUAUGUGUAUACAUGCAUCCAUAUACAUGUAUAUGUAUAUGUGUGUGUAUGUGAUUUUAUUUUUGAGUGUGUCUCUCUGUGAAUCUUAACCAAACACGAUUAAACGCUUUCCUGGGUGUUUGAUAUGGAAGCAAAGCACGUUGCCAUGGAUACAACCAACCUAGCUGGCAUGGAGAGCGUUGCUCUUUUAGCUAAUUGAAUCGGUAGUUGAAUGAAAGACACAAAACACCGGUUCUGAUAGCCCACACCUCUACAAAACACCACCCCUAACCCGAAGGCGGUGUUCUGGGAAGGUGGUGUGGCAGCGAGCAUGGGCCCGUCCUGGUGCGAGUGUUUGGGGCGUGUUUGGUUAAGUGGGGCAGUGGGACUGGGAGACAGGCUGCUGGUGUGCCGGUCGCGGCCCCUGGUUCACUGGUCUCCGUCGUUUCACUCCUCCUCGGACCGCGCCGACUGACUGGUUCACACUGAACCGCUCCCCUGACUCUCCGUCACGUCUUCCCUCAAAGUGCGCCAGCAUCACUGCUGCUGACGUUCCCUCCCUGGGGACCCCAGUAAGGGGGGUCCCAGAGCGAGGGACAGACCCUCUGACACGGGGACUGGAGGGUGUUCCGGGCUCCGCUCGGUCCGGUUCAAACCGGCUACCCUUAGUGAGGUCCUCAGCUUCUUGAGAGGGACUGGAUGUUGGGUUGGGGGACCUGGUCGCUAUAGCAGCACUUAAAAGUACACGGAAAGCCUCUGGUGUGUGUGUGUGUGUGUGUGUGUGUGUGUGUGUGUGUGUGUGUGUGUGUGUGUCAGGUUGAGAUUCCUGGAAACGCAGAGUUGCUGGUCCCACCCGUGUCUCUUGGGAGUCUUCCUCGUUAAUUGCGGUCUUCUUGUGUGUGUGUGUGUGUGUGUGUGUGUGUGUGUGUAAAACUGCAUGUGUGUGAGUAUGUAUAAAUGAAGUUCAUGAAUGUGAUUAUUGCUUGCUUGUGUAUGGCUCUACAUGCAUGCCACUGUUUGUACGUGUGUGCGGGUGUGUGUGUGUGUGCGCCAGUGGCAGGGCCAUUGAGAGCCACGCAGCGUCCGGCACCAUGAAGGCUUCCUCGUCACGCUCUCUCACUGUUUUCAGCCUAAUCAACACGUUGCAUUCCCGCCAACUCGUUUGUGCAACAUAACAACCCUCUCUGAGAAUCUGAGUUCCUCAUGUAGACAUUUCAGAAGCUGGCCCGGCUUCGACAUUCUUGACUGUCAUUGUUACAAAAGAGAACACAAUUCAAAUGAAACCGCAAACAGCACUCUCUCCGCCAAAACACACGCGAUGGCGAAUCCUACUUCCUUAUUGGCUCAAAUUGAUGCCAUGUGAUAACCCACCUGUAGCGUCCAUCACCUGUGUUUACCAGAGAGGGUGCUGUUUCUGUUUGCUGUUGUUGGGUGACUAUUUACAGUGCCAUGGUACCCAAUGUGUGACACACCCUGUACCCGCUUCUAGGAUGCCUAGAGAUGUCUCUGUAGGCCCCACUGGACCAAAGCAGGCUUCCUGAUACACAUAGUUCACCAAGUACUACUGAGGAUGUUGUUUUGAGAACGAGGCUGAGCGAGAGAGAGAGUAAGAGAGAGAGAGCGAGAGAGAGAGAGAGAGUCCAACUACAGAAGUCUCGCUGGACUGAAACGUUUUGAAUGUAAAGAGAAUUAUUGUAUGGUGACUCAAUGUGGUUCUCCUCUGUUCCUGGAUUCAGAUCAAGCAUUUAAUUUUAAUGAGGAAACUUAAAAAAAAAAAAUCUGGAUCUUUCCUUUGCUGGGUCUCAGUGCAGCGAUGUGUGUUACCAUGAACUGGGCCAACUGAAUCUUUCUUAAUACGUGUCCUAUAUGUCUUCUGCAUCGCAUCAUGAUUCCAACUUCAAUUUUUUUACUUUUGUUUCAGAAGAAGAAAAAUAAUGUGUUGUUUCCCCGAAUUUUGUAUCUUUUAAAGAUCUCUUAAUUUCCCCCUUUGAAAAAAGUACUAUAUUAUGUCUGUAUUCCAUAGCCCCCGGCUAGUUUCCUUGUACAUACAGAGCUAGGAUUUGUUUUGUAUUGUCCUCUGUAACAGUGUGUUCAUCUGUUGGAGAGGCCUUGUAUCAGUAGUUUCAUUAAGCACAUCUUUACUGUCUUUUGCAUCGUUCCAUGUUUUGAUUACCUAGAUGGUUCAUGAAAAAGGAAAGUAGAUCUAUUUAUCUAAACCUGAAAAAAGUCUAAAGUUAUUUAAUGUAUUAAAAUUUGGGAAGUAUCAUUUAACUGUAGAUGAUAUAAUCUGCUUUUUAAAUAAAGUGGUUUUGUAGCUAACUUCAA